AGAGUCGGCUGAGACGUUUGUAUAAAAGAGCUUCCAGUCCCACGGCGGCGCCUCACUCAAAAAAGAGACGGUCGCCGAGUAAAGCCUCCCAGCGCGGUUCGUUCUUGAAGUGCACGCAAACGCACAGCUGGCACCAGCAUGCGGUUCGGCCAGAGGCAGGGAUUCGGGACGGUGCUCCUCCUCCUGUGCGUCUUCGCAUCUCUCGCCAAGGCGGCCGUGUUUGUGCAGCCCGUUGACGUGAAAAACAAACAGUGCAUCUGGAAGAAGUAUGCCAUUCCAGACGGAGCACACAUCAACCUCGCCAAUCCCUGCAUGAGCCUCACCUGCGACUCACGGCUUAAGUACCUAAGAGGCGCCUCGUGUGGACGCGUCUCCCUGCAAGGCUAUCCGAAGAACUGCACCUUGAAGAAAGGCAAAGGAAUCUACCCCAAAUGUUGCAAAACGCACCUCGUUUGCACGUGAGCGUCAUCUCUCGCGGAGAUCAGAGAAACCUAGUACAAGGCAACAGUGUCCGCCAUGUCCUCCUGCGGUCUAUCACAACGGCAAUGAAAGCCUGCAGGGACUGGACGCUUUAUCUGCCAAUCCGUGCCAAAACAAAGCAAAACAGUUGCGGACGCUCUGUGACAGCUUGUGUCGUGUUUUCCUGUCUGUUGUUUUGUCUCUGUGUUAGUGAACAGUUAUCAUCUCUAAGAGCACGCCGUUUUACUCGUGCUUUCUGAGGCGGAUGACUGUGAUGGGCUGCAUGUAAGAAUGCUACGCGUAAUAAACAUAAACUCGGCGAA